CACAUUGUGCAAGAAAAGAAGCAGAGAGCAGGGAGCUGUGUGAACGCAGUCUUUUCCUGGAGGAUUACAGGCGAACACACACGCACGCACUCGCUCAUCAACACGGAGACACGGUGCACGGAUAUCCAGCAUGCAUUUAAAUCUUCUCAUCUGAUACUUUGUGGGCCGGAGCUGUUUCCUGCAGGAGGCUGUGGAAGGCUCCCACCAUGGCAGAAGCAGCAGGCGGGUCGCAGAGUGAGGUAGAGGAGGAGGAAGCUGCUCUGUCCCGGGGCAGCGGAGUGUGCAAGUGGUUCAACGUGAGGAUGGGCUUCGGCUUCCUGUCCAUGAGCAGCAGGGACGGAUCUGCUGUGGAGGAGCCGCUGGACGUGUUUGUCCACCAGAGCAAACUGCACAUGGAGGGCUUCCGCAGCCUCAGAGAAGGCGAAGCUGUCGAGUUUACCUUUAAGAAAUCAUCAAAAGGACUGGAGUCUGUCUGGGUUACUGGGCCCAACGGGGCCCCGUGUCUGGGCAGUGAGAGAAGACCAAAGAGUGGCCAGAAACGACGCUCCAAGAGUGACAGAUGCUACAACUGUGGAGCCCCCGGCCAUCAUGCCAAAGAGUGUCAGCUGCCGCCUCAGCCCAAAAAGUGCCAUUGCUGUCAGAGUGUUUCCCACAUGGUGGCCAGCUGUCCGGUCAAAGCACAGCAGCAGCAGCAGCAGCAGCAGCAGCAGCAGCAGCAGCAUUCGUCUCCAGGCUCUCAGGGACCAGCUACCUCACAGAGGAACGAGGAAGAGGAGCAAAGCCAGGCCGCCCUCUCUGAGAACUCAGAGUGAAUGCUUGAGGUUUUCCACUGGAGCACUGCUUUUACAAAGAGCUACCUCAGGUUUUAUUUAUUGAGGAGUCAUUGCUGCGGUGCUGAUGAGGUGUGUUGUUCGAUAGAGCGCUGGCAGACAUGUCCACUUUGAAAACUUUCAUUUCUUAGGUUGUUUUUCUGCCUCGGAUAAGUGUCUUAGCUUUGGAAUGAAACAAUCAGACUUACCGUUGAUUCAGCCGUGUAGUAGCCACACAUAUCAUGACUGAUCUGACAUGACGUGUGCCUCAGUUAACUGAGCCUUUCUUUAACAACUCUCCAAAGCAUCACACACAUACAGGGUGUGUGAGAAUUUGAUAUAUGGGUUUGCAGAUAUAUGACAUCUAUAAAACCAGCAUGAUGGUUCUAUUAGACCUCUGUAUGUUAUAGGUUUUCACAUGUCAGAGCCGGAAAAACACAAAUGCAAGUGGUAACACGUUGCAUUCCAGUUAGGUUUUGGGUAUUGUGCAUGCUGGUCUACUGCCAUGCCUAAUUAGGACACUUCACAGGAAAUGAUGCAUCAUUCAUUAGUUUAACCUGUUCUUUUGUUUCCAGUUGUAACAAAUCAAAUACCUGCUGUGAGAGAGGCCACUACACUCCGGCAUGAAUGUGGCUCUCACAUUUUCCCAGUACUUAUACUUUAGUUCAUUUGCUACCUUGAAAUGGUGCUAAACUUUGAGAUAAAUCUCAGGGCAAGUGACAAAGGUGACAAUGUAGAUGUUCUUGACCUUCUAUUAAAGGUCCUGUAUGUGACUUUCAGAGCAUUAAUAUGGCAGCACACCACUAUUUGCUAUGUAAAGAUACAGUGGAGUAAUGGCGUCAGAGCAGAGAAUGAAGUCACACUAUCUCUUUGUAUGCUGUAGUCUGAGCUUCUCUGUGGUUUGUUGUGGGAAGCCAGGCUGGCUACGCUUGCAUGUGUGUAUCCCACUGGCUUACCGAAUAGCUGCGGUCAUAAGCCCUUUUUAGAAAAGCCCAAUCAGUCUUUUUUCAGCAUUGGCAGUAUAAAAACAAAAUCGGGGAGUGCAGCAAAAUGCCGCCUACCUACUUUUGUUUAUACAGAAUGUGUCUUUUUCGGGGCAAUGGGGGGCGUGAGCAAGUAACAAAACAUGUAGCUCAGCGAGUGACGUAAACAGUGACGUGGGAGGGAAGCCGCGGCUAGUCAGAUGGCGAUUCUCUCGUAAAUCGGCCCGUCCUUCACCGUCCCCGUCAUCUGAUGGUUAAUGGCCUCUUCGUUUGCGAGGACAAGGAGGGCGCGCAAUUCCUUGUCUCCCCAGUUGCUCAUCUUUACAGUGUCUGUCAGGUUUGUGUUUCCCUCUUGCUACUAGCUGCUCGCUAAUUCCUGCUAUCAGCUGUUUCCUGUUUAUCCACCGCCAGUGGGUCGCACGUGGGGCGUCAUCAACAGCUCCUCCCACAAGUCAUCAACAGCCCCUCCCGUUGCGGAAGGGCGCCUCAGUCUGUUUAAACCAAAAAGGUUCCGCCAAUAUGACUUAACCUCCAAGGCGGAAAAUUGGGCACCUCAGAUCAACUCGCCAAUCCGGCUCUGUGUGUCGCAGCUGGCCGGCAAAUUGGCCCAACAUUUGUGGAAAAUCUGGCAGUGUAAAAGGGGCUAUAGAGAGGCUUAUAUCUGGACGACAUCGUUGCGAUAGAGUAGCACCCACCUUCUGGUUCCCCCAAUACUGUUAGCUCUGUUAGCACUGUUGCCGUUGUUUAGCACUGUUUAUGGAGUUAGCAUCAUUAGCUGCUAGCUGCUGGCCUCACCAACUCCAUGUUGACAACUCAUACGCUCUGAAUUUCACAUACAGCUCCUUUACGUUGUUAGUUACUGUCAGGACCUUUAACAUGUAGCCUCCACAUACACCAUUGUACACUCAUAGCUUUAUCCAUUUUGCUAACCAGUUAGAUUAGCCACGAGUUAGCUUGAUUAGCAAAUUCAACAAACUUGUUAAUAUUUCUUCUAAAGCUUUAACAUAAAACAAGGUCUGACUAGAUUGUAACGUGUUGAUAAUACCCUGUUUUUGAAGUGAGAUAAAGUGGUGCCACAGAGUAUUAGGGUCACUGCAGGGAAAUAAAAAAAAAUAAUCCAAACAUUUGAGAAGUCAGAAAUAUAAGAGUAGUAAAUAGUGAGAAUAGCUGUGGUAAACAUCUCUUUUCCCCCCAAAAUAUGACAAACAUUUUUUGUAUAUCAUUUUUAUUUUUGUAAAAUUCCAUUGAAAAUCAAGACCUUUUCUGAAAUGUCUUUAUUCAUCAUUACAUCUUCUCCUCAAAAUAUUAUUGUAAUCCUAAAUCCUAAAAAAAAGUGUCCCUUAGACUCUGCGGUAAAUUGCCAAUAUUUUUUUUUUAAUUACUAAACUUAAAUAAUGAGGUAAACAAUCCACCAUGUGAAUGUAAGCGAGACAACAUGUCCUGCGCUGCCAAAUAUUUUGCUAAAAACAUUUGUGUCCGCCUUUAUGGAAAAACAUUUUCAGGUAUUAUAGUGAAAAGUGAAUGUCACAACAUAAGUGCCAUAACCUCCACUAAAAACAACAUUAUUUCACCACACACAUGCUUUUCAAAAAUAAUUCUACUUUGUCUGUAGUUGUGGUGAAGUUUACGUCUUACUCUAAUUACCAAGUUGCCAUUUCGUCACUUAAACUUAUAUGCAAGACCAGUGUUGAUUGUACGGCAGAGUUUGUCUGCGAAACAGUAUUAAUCUGAAUGUUCACACGUAUAUCAGGGAUAUUUUCACAUUAACAGUAGUUGCUCAUUUAUUGUAUUUGAAAGUUGUAGGUGAAGCAGGAAGUAGCUGAGAUCUGUCCUCACUCAUUUUAGUGAAGGGGAUGAAUGUAUAUAGACAUUAUUUUUUUUAUAUUAACUAUUUAUUCAGAGUUGUUCUCCUGGACGUUUGACAGCUCAUUUGAUCCUGUGCUGUGAUUCAGAAACAUCUUUGGACCAAUCAAAACUCAGUAUGUCACAGCUUUUGGACAAACUCUGACACCUCUUUUACAGUUGACUGACGGUAUCAUUUUGCAAAUUAACUGAAUUGUCAUGACACAGAAAAAACAGCAUUCCAGUGUUUAAUGUUUAUAUUUGUGAAUGUAAUGGUUUCUCAGUAACCUCAGACUGCAUUUAUUUAAUUUUUGAACUCAGGGAGAACUUUUUUUGACCUCGUGUCUUUGAGGAUGUGUCUGGAUGUUUAAGUUAUUUACUGUGUUGGGGUGCUGGAGGACCCAGGGCAUUAACUGCCAAAUGAGCCGUGCACUUUCACAGUGUCAUUGUCUGCCAUACACCACAGAGCAGCAAGCACUGUGACAGCGUUACAUGACUUAAAGGAACCGUCCAUACUGAGCACCCUUUUACACUGUGCAUGCUUCAGUAUGAUGUCUUGGUAGGGUUUGUGCUUUGCUAAUGUGGACCUAUUUGACAUGUAGACAAGUGGUCAAACAGAUGAUGUGAUGCCGUUUUAAGAUAUUUAGCUACAGUGGAGUGGGACUGUAGAAAUGUUGUCAUGCUAUAUAAAAACCAGCUGUAGAGGAGAGAAGCAGCCUGUUUUUUCUGGUAGUAUUUCAAAAGGUUAAAGUUGCUAUUAUGGAGCCUAAACAGAGUAGUUACCAGGGCUGUGGACCCAAAUCACAUGACUUGGAUUAAUGACUUGGAUUUUAACACCAAUGACUUGUGACUUCACUUUGACUUGAGCCUUUUGACUUGAAAAUAUGUGAUACCUUCACCCAAGCCCAAGAUGAACAAUUUCAUUAUUUAAAAAGUGCACCACGAUUCAGUUAAUUUCCCUUCGUUUCCUGAAUCAACGCUAUUCACUCCUAGCAAGGCAACACUUUGGCUAACUCUCCAGAUCCACUUUGUUUGGACAAGUCUAGUCAAGUUUCAUGUGUGCCAGUCGGAAAAAUCUGUUCCGUCCAUCCGUCCAUUUUCAUCCACUUAUCUGGGGACGGGUCGCGGGGGCAGCAGGCCAAGCAAAGCACCUCAGAUGUCCCUCUUUCCAGCAACGCUUUCCAGCUCCUCCUGGUGGACCCCAAGGUGUUCCCAGGCCAGAUGAGAUAUGUAAUCCCUCCAGUGUGUUUUGGGUCUGCCCCGGGGCCUCCUACCAGUGGGACGUGCCCAGAACACCUCUAACUGGAGGCGCCCAGGAGGAUCCUGAUCAGAUCCCCGAACCACCUCAACUGACCCCUUUCGAUGCGAAGGAGCAGCGGCUCUACUCCGAGCUCCCUCUGGAUGUCGGAGCUCCUCACCCUAUCUCUAAGGCUGAGCCCAGACACCCCACAGAGGAAACUCAUUUUGGCCGCUUGUAUCUGUGAUCUCAUUCUUUCAGUCACUGCCCAGAGCUCAUGACCAUAGGUGAGGGUUGGGACAUAGAUGGACCAGUAAAUCCAAAGCUUUGCCUUCUGGCUCAGCUCGCUCUUCAGCGCAGCGCCUGCAUCACUGCAGAAGCCGCACCAAACCACUGAUCAAUCUCACGCUUGGUUCAAUCCCCACUUGUGAAUAAGAUUCUGAAUCUGAUAUAAAGAUAAUUGUGUUCGUGUGUAAAAUCUAAGCGCUGGCCAACAAAAUCCAAUUGCAGUUUGCAACACAUGGAUUGAAAAUUGCAAACAGGGAGGCUUUCAACAAAUUUGUUUUCACAUAUAAGUACACCUACUAUUCUAAAAUACCAUGUAUAUGUACCAUAUGUUAUAACUCCUAAGUUUAGGAAUUGGUACUUGACUGUCUUGACUUGACUGACUAUCUUUUGACUUGCAAAGCAAUGACUUGGUCCCACCUUUGGUAGUUACCUGGCCCACUGAGCUAGCUCAAUAGAUUAGCCAGUUAGCUAGCUUAUGAGCUACCGCAUCUGUGUUAUGGUUAGGGCAUUAGGGUAGGGUAAUUAGCAUUGAAAAAAUAGUUUUUUGAUAUCCCUUCUUUAAGGGUGUGAGAUCAGAAGAACGAUAUCAUUCUCAUACCUGUGCAUCAAGAAACCCCACGCAGCUGGAGCCCAGAUCUGUUUAGCUUAACUUAGCUUAGCUUAGGUUAGCAUAAAGCGAGGAAGCAGAAGGAAAUGGCAAGUCUGGCUCUGUCCAAAGUGAAAAAACAACAAAAAAUAAAUAAAAAAAGAAAAGAAAAACCCACCAGCACCGAAAAGUUGUCUCAGAAAAUAAAUGAAUAAAAAUUAACACAGGUCAUCACAGACACUAUAUUUGAAAUGUCAUCAUGAUGUUGUUUUUAUUGUAAAUAUUCAUCGUCUUUUUCAGGUAUAUUAAUAUUUAUGAUGUGUCUGCAUGAUAACGAGUAGAUGAAUAGAUUAGCUAAUGGGACUGGGACCUGAUGACACAGCACAAAGGAUGUUUAAGAGCAUCAAUAACCUGCAGAUCAUCAUUAAGGGUCAUGAUGCCUGAGCUCACCAUGAUGCAGUGUCUGAUCUAUCAUGUAUAAUAUUCUCCUUCAGUCCCAGUGUUUUGUCUUGUUUUGUUGUAGUUUGUAUUCCUUCUCAUGUGUGAACAAGACAGAACUCUUCUUGUCACAAAUCUAUACAAGUCUACCUCAGGUGUGAUUUUGGACAGCUUGUGAACAGCUUGUCCAAAAAACAGUUAAUGUAUAUUUUUUGUUUAUGAAGUGGUCUGUUCAAGUAUUUAUUACUUUUUCUAUUUUGCUUUUUUUUUGUGAUGUGUGCUACCUCAUUGACCUUACUCUAUAUUUUUUCUAGUAUCUUAAUGCCUGUUGUUGCUGCCGAUAUAACAAGACAUGCUCUACGUGAGACCAAAGUGGGGCUUUUGAAAGAAGUCUUGUUUUCAGGAAAUAGCGAGACACAAAAAGACCUGAUGAAAACACAGAUAAGAUGUUCACUUGCAUUAUUUAAACUGACACUCAUCGCCUAUCUUUACCCACCAGAGCAGACACACCCGCCAUUUUUGAGUCUCUGACCGUUAACUGUACAGAUGAAUGUUUUGACUAUAAGAAUGGCCAUGUUGUCUUUGGGUGUAAAUCUAAUCUUUACUUAGUGGGUCUACUCAGGGUUGUGCUGAACACAUGUUGUAGGGUUAUUUAACUCAAUUAUUAAGUUUGUCUUUCAGUGUCAUCUCAAACAAACUGUGCUGCAAUACAAUGGAAAAUUAAAGCUCUUUAAAGAAUUGAAGAUUUGUGUUUUAUUGACCUGUUUCUUGUGU